AUGGCAGCCACCGUCCCCAGCCAUGUCCCCGCCUACACCAUCGGAACUCUUAGCGUGGCUCUGGGCCUGAACGCCAUCUUUCGCCCUGAGGCAGAGCAUCCGCGUUUUGGUUUGCCGUUGGAACACGGCGGCGGUCAGACUCCACCGCACCGGGGCUCCGCCGUCUCCCCGCUCAUGUAUCUGAAAGGCAUCCGGGAGAUCAGCUAUGGCCUGUUGCUCAUCGGGUUACAAUCCCAGGGCCAAGAGACGGCCGUCACGACGUUGGCGGCGGUUAUGGCCUGUGUAGGGCUGGCGGACGGCGUCGUGGUGUGGUGUUGUGGAGGUGCGGAACGGAGACAGAAAGCUUGGGGUCAUUGGGCUACGUUCUUAGGGCUGGGAGCAUGGGCUUGGUACCGGGUUUCUAUUGACGGAGCUGGUUAA